AUGAUACAACUUUUGGCUCAAGAGUUGGUCCGGGAUUAUCAUAGGAAGGCUGGAACUGCUCUGUGCACUAUGAAGGUGGAUAUUAUGAAAGCAUAUGAUUCUGUUUGUAUAACUUCUCCCCGGUUCUCUGAUUCUGUGAAUGGUACUCUUGUGGGUUAUUUCAAAUGUGAGAAGGGGCUGAGGCAAGGGGACCCCCUAUCCUCUUAUCUCUUUGUGAUUGCUAUGGAGGUAUUUUCUAGACUUAUGGCAGAUUAUACCCGGUAUGGUUCUGGUUUUGGGUUUCAUCAUAGGUGUGCUCGGCUGAGGAUCACUCACCUAUGUUUUGCAGACGAUUUGUUGAUCUUUUCUGAUGCUAGUACUCAUUCUGUCUCUAUUCUUAUUCUUAAGGCUGCCCUUGAGGAAUUUGAGAAUUUAUCCGGUUUGCAUGCUAACCCAGAAAAGAGUACCAUUUUCUGUGUUGGUAUCUCUGAUAGGAGGAAGGAGCUUUUGUUAACCAUUUGGGGAUGA